UCUGCUGCUUCUGAUUGCUUAGCUCACUUACAUACCUGCCCUGCCUCUCCCCCCUCCCCUCUCUCUCUCUCUCUCUCUCUUCCAUAAAUUCUGUAACUUCCACACUUUCCACAUUAACUGCACUGAAUUUCUAACAACUUUAUGUAAGCUCACACUUCUCUAGUUAGCUUUUCCACCCAAAACACUUCCAGCCACUUCUCCGAGUUAAAAAGGUUUUUCUUCUAUGUGUGUUCGAUUAAUUCAUUUUGUUCAUAUUUCUUUCUUUCUUCCACUAAUCUCCCAUUUGGUUCAAUUUACAAUUAUUUUUUAAUCGUUACUCUCUUCUCUCUGCAUGUUUUCGUAAGUUAAAGCAUCUGGGUUUUCAUGUCUCAGUUUUCUUGACUCUCAUAUAGGGGGGCAUCUUUACGAAUAUGUAAGUAGCAUUCUAAAGACAGUCCAAAAAUCUAUCUGCUUCAGAAUGUUCAUGCAGGAUCAAUUCUUGAUGCAGAACUUGAGUAGACCACUUUUGUUCAAAUUUUCAAGAUUCCCUUCUAUUGCAAGCUUUCAGAAUUUGCGAUAUGACACCAUAGGGAAAUGCAGAAUGCACAGAUCUGCUAAUAAUUUAUAGAAUUUCUUAACAGUCAAAUAAAAAAAGGGAAGUUGCUGCAUUUCGUUGAGGAAUUUUGUCUUGGAGUUUGAAAUCAUGAAAGUUGCAGAGACAAAAAGUUCGCAGGGCUACGGCAAAGCUCCUUGGAUAUUUAAAGGCAGUGCCUUGUACCAGCUUCAUCUUGUGAAAGCAGAAACAGCUAGAGCAUUCAUUCCAAAAGAAUUCAGAUUAGUCGAAGCUUUUGGCUACACUCUUGGUGGCUUUUUUCUUGCCAACUAUGAAGACAGUCCAGCUGGGGCAUUUGAUGAGCUAGUGGUGAUUGCAGGAAUCGUGUGGAACCCGCCAACAUCUUGCGCAUGGGCAGCCAGGGUGCUUGUCAGCAGUGAUGAUGCUUGUGAUCAUGGACGAAAGGAAGUAGGGCUUCCAAGUCAUGUUGCCAGGUUUUCAAAGAGAAACGCAACAAUUGCAAGGCAGAGAACAAGUAAAUAUAAUCACUUCCUCGACCCAUUUGGUUUGGGAACUGCACUCUCUAGACCUGAUGAUCGCAUGGAUGUUCAAGUCACUGAAAUUAACGGUGCUUCUACAACAAACAUCUGUAAUAUCAACCUUGCAACUGCUGUUCCUGGGAUUAAGUGGAUGGGCCCAGCAAUUAAAAUGUCACUACCAAGUUUUAGCGGCCGCACAGAGCAUAAUCCUAACCUUCUGAAGUAUUCAUGCAAUAUUGAGUGCAGGGUGCGAGCAGUGAGGCCAGCAGAAAUAUCAGUGCCAUUUCCAGCAUCAAAGCAUAGAACAGAGGAAUCUCUGGGUCACCAUAAUUGCAAAAUUGCAGAUUCUGUUACUGGAGAAAUCCUGGAUAAUGGUCAGAACUUGAGCUUAUCUGUGAUGUUAUCAAGACCCAUAUUGGCUUUGGAGUUCAAUUAUCUGAAAAUGCAGGUUGAAGCCCCAAGUCCAGUUUCCCACUGCUCGAAAAGUUCUUGCAGGACCUCUUUAGGAGUUUCUUGACAGCAUUGCCCUUUUUUUAUUCUUUAUUUUCCCUUUACUUUACUACAAGAUAGCCACCAUAUGCUGAUUUUAAACAUUCACGAUUUUUGUAGUUUCUGUGACGAUUACUUCAUUUAGGAUGGGAAGAACAAGCACAUACUCUUCCACUGAAAAUUUACAAAAUUUUUCUA